AUGGCAUUCUGUAGGCUUGGAAUCUUUCUGUUCUUUCUGAUCAUGGGCAUAGGCCUAGUCCAUGUAUCCAGAGCCCAAGAUUCCCACCAGAAUUACCUGGACGCCCACAACGCUGCUCGGGCAGAGGUGGGCGUGGAUGCAUUGACCUGGGACGACACAGUGGCAGCCUAUGCCCAAAGCUACGCCAACAAGAGAGCCGACGACUGCACUCGGGUGCAUUCCGGUGAACCCUAUGGGGAGAACCUCGCCGGAAGCACUGGUUCCCUGUCGGCGACAGAUGCUGUGAACCUAUGGGUCGGAGAGAAACAAUACUACGACCACAACUCCAACAGUUGCAUCGGUGAACAGGAGUGCCGUCACUACACGCAGGUGGUCUGGAGAAAAUCGUUUCGUGUUGGGUGCGCUAAAGUGCAGUGCAACAACGGAGGGACCUUCGUUAUUUGCAACUACGACCCCGCAGGCAACGUCGUAGGGGAAUUACCUUAUUAA